CUGAUAGUUAACCGCUUUUCAUUUACAGUAUGUGGAUCAGUCGAGAAGAAGCGUGUACUACGAGACGAACUGGAAGCCAAUCCUUUAGGUUGUGAAUUGACUACGGACAGUGUGCCUGAUACGAAUGUUCUGGCGUGCCUGAUAAAGGAUUUUCUCCGUGAACUGCCAGAACCAUUGAUCCCACCGCAAAUUCAUGCGAUGUUAAUCGAUGCUGGAACGGUGUCACUCCCAAAUGAUGUUCAAGGAAACAGGCAACUUGUGCUACGAAUCAUUGACUGUCUAGCGCCACCGAACAAGAACACCUUGCUUCUCGUCAUGGACCAUCUCACAACCGUGCUGGCCUCUUCACCACACAAUGGACUCACGCCGUCCAGACUGACAACUGUAUUCGCUCCGUUGUUAUUAUGCUGCGCCGAAACACCGCCAGUAAAAGAGUUACGGCCGUUGGAUGUGCCACAAGCUGCCUCAACACUGUCGCUACUUCUACAAAUCUGGCCAUCUAGAGUCAACGGAAGCGAAACCGAUUCCGACUCUCCCGGUCUCCUCCAGGGCGCCACGAAUGCGCUUUCGGAAUCUCAGUGUUGA